AUCGAUAUGGAUGAAAAAGGGCCAGGGAAGAACAAGAGAAUGUGGACAGAUGAAGAGGAUAGAGAAUUGGUUUAUACUCUUUUUGACAUGGUCAAUACAGGAAAUCACAAGGCUGACAAUGAUUUCAAGUCAGGCUUUCUUGGGGUGCUUGAAGGAGUGUUGCAUGAGAAGUUUCCGGGGUGUGGAAUUAAGGCUAAGCCACACAUAGAAUCUAGGGUCAAGACAUUGAAAAGGGACACUGGAACUGUGUUUGAUAUGGUUAACAGAGUGGACUGCAGCGGAUUUGGAUGGGAUUCCAACACAAAUAUGGUGGUUGCUGAAAAACAAGUUUGGGAUGGCUAUGUGCAGGAAAAGAUGUGAUGAUUCCACCAAACUAGGGGCGUGGAAGUAUGUGUGUUGGGAGUACAAUGCUCUCAUUUUGCGUGACUCUAUUUUGUAAGCCAAUGGCUGUAAUUGUGUUGAGUUGAAACUCCAUUUUGUGUAACCAAGAAUGUUCUUGGAUAAAUUUGUAAGCCUGCAGGGUACUUAUUAUUUGUUUGGCUUCCAUUUCAUACUUGUUAUAAAAUGCACGUUUGGGAUUAGAACUGGGGCAUUGAGAUGUGAACAAUAUGUAUUUGGCAUUUGGGAUUUAAUGGAAAUAGGAGUAUGGAUUAGUUAGCUA